UGUAUUAUUGCUGAAAUAAUAAUUUUACAGUAUACGAGCUCGGAACCUGAAUCGAAACCUGCGACUUGAGAUCCUGCAUCUUGGGUUCUUUUCAACUGUCUUGACUCCAGCGAGGCUUCGGCUACUUAACUGGCGGUACUCGACGGUACCCUGUCCUAGGCUAGACUCACCCCCGCCGACACGGGCCAUCACAGUCGGAUCUGAGCCUACAGCAUCGGCAAUACAGCACCUGGACCUCGCGCGCUCAACUCGCCAGUUGGAUCUUCUUAAUCAGAAUCAAACAGAAGGUUCCUAAUAAUAAUUAUGUCUCACACAAUACUAUUGAUCCAGCCAGGAGAGAUAGCAGACACAAGAACUUACACGGAUUACAAUUCUGUGAGAGAAUGCAUGGAAGGAAUUUGUCGGAUCUUUGAAGAACACCUGAAGAGAUUGCAUCCUAAUAGCCCAUCCAUCACAUAUGAUAUCAGUGAACUCUUUGAUUUCAUUGAUAACCUGACAGACCUAAGCUGCCUGGUCUUCCAACCGACUGCAAACAUGUAUGUUCCAGUGAACAAAGACUGGAUCAAGGAGAAGAUAUAUCUUACGCUCAGGAAGCAAGCUGCUAAGUGAUGACUACGCGGAUCCAAGAUUUUCUCAUCCAAACUUUGAACAUUCGAUUACAACUUAUGAUGAAAAAAAAGAUGAUGGAACUUUGAUUGAGAUCGUAUUGUGCUGUAUUUGACUGAAAGGCUUUGAUCAUGGAGUUGCUAUGUUUUCACAGUGUUGUGUGUUACUUGUAUUAUUUUUGUUACAAUUACAAGCACAAUUGAGGUGAGAUAUGAUAUGUAACAUCCGCUGUUGCUUAACAUUUUUUUUGAGGGGGUGGGAUGAGGGAAUGAUGGAUUGAUUAAAAAAAUACAAAUAACCCCUUUUCUUUUUUUUGUUGGGUCCCUGCUUUGCAGAAAAUGUGUGAAAACCCCCCAGAAAUCUGAUUAAAGUGGGAAAACAUGAAAAUAAAGUAGAACUAGACCUAGCAGUCGUAAAAUUCUUGACUUUACAAUACAUCACUUUAUCAUUGUGUGUCAAGGUGAUUGAAGAGUUAUUUGGAAUCUUGUCUUAGUCAGUUGUUAACUUAUUUAGCAAGUAUCAUUUUACUCAGAUUCUUGCAUACGCCUUUUAUUUUGGGAGAACAAAAUAUCAGAUAUGACCAGUGAAUAACAAUGUACCAACUCUUUUAGGAAGAGAUUUUUAUUUUUUUGUUUUACGUAUACUGCAAAUAUAAGUGUAUGUUUGUAGUUUUGUUUGUUAAAAGUAAGAAACUUUGGUGGUAUACAGCUGACAUUUUUUCAUUCAUAGUUGAUGGAUAUAUGGAUGGUUUAGUUUUUGUGUGUUUGAUUAUAUUCUGUUGCAUCAAUUAAGGAAAGGACGCCUCCUUAAUUUGUGGUUGCUGGAGAAAGACAGUAAAUUUAUUCCAAUCUAAAAUUUAGUCAUUUUGUUAUCUGUUGCAUCAUUUUCAUUCAAAGUUUUCUAAAGGAAAGGAAGCCUCCUUAAUCUUUGUCUGCUGGAGAUAAAAACCUUUAGAUUUUGAAGCUUAUCAGUCAUCAAACUCAUCAUGGAAUAAGAUCUUGUAAAAUAGGUUUUUGAAGAAUAAGUAUUAUGAUUUCAUCAGAUCGCCUAGAAGCUUGAUCGUCACUGAAAUCUAAUCAAAGUAUGUAAAUGCAAUUUCUGACUUACCAUUAUACCCUUUGCCAUUUAUAUCUCAUUCAACAUUUUCAUGAGAUAUUACACAGGCUUUAUGGGAGCUUUUACUGUAUUGGGUUUUAAUCUGUACCUCUGAUUACCUAUCCGACACUCAAAUGUGAUCAAUAUAUUUAGCUGAAAUAUACUUUUGAAAUCUUUCAUUUAAGGCGGUGCUUCACCAGCCCGAGUUUGCUCAAUCUCAAGAUUUUAGCCUAAUCAGCCCUCUUCGAGAUUAUUCUCGAGAUUCAAGAAACCCCAUCUCCACCAGCGCAAGAAGAGCAAUUUGUGCUCGAGUCUGGCAUUGAUGCAUUAUGGUCUGACGCCGGGAAUGAAUAAUCCUGAGUCAAAUCUCGAGUGCGUCUGUAACUGCGAAGUAGUGAGAUAAUUCGAAAAUGGCAUCAUUUUGCAAAUAAUCCAAAGUUGACUUGGGAUUGCAAUCUCGAGAUUAAUUCAGCAAACUAUCGCAAUUGCAUCUCCAUUACAAAUAAUCUCAAGCUUGUUCAAAUCGGGAUGAUUUGCCAUAUCCGAAAUAGCGCAAUUAUUUGAAAACUCUGGCUGUUGCAGAUGGCCCUUUACAUUCAAUUUUUGAAGGAAAUGUAGAGUUUGGCGAUAUUCAGGAGGGUGUUUCACAGAUAUUAAGUGUGACCAAGCGUUGCGCUUAAUUUCCAAAUGUGGUAUGAAUGUUUUUAACAGAAAUGUGGCGCAAUAUAAAUGCUGUGGAUCAUCAUGAAAUAAUGCAUGAAGCUAUUCACUUAUUGGUGAUUUGAUACACAUGGGACAUUGUAAGUUCUACAAACGCCCUCCCCCCCCAUAAAUGAGAACCUUUCUUUAGAGUCUGCAUCUUUGAAUUAGGUGUAUUUCACCAUGCAAAUUCUGAGAAGAAUCAUGAUCUUGUUAAAAAAGUUAGUUUUGACUUGUUAAGUAGUUCCAUUUUCAGAUAUAUAUGUAAAAGCCAUAUCGGACUAUUUUUCAAGUAGUUUUAUGUGUCAUUUGGUGAAAGAUCAUAUUAGUAAAGUGCGUUUUUAUAUUUAGUAGUAACUGAAGAUAUAUUUACAAUUAGCAAUAGGUGCAUAAUCUAUGAAGAAGAAAAAAAUUAUUUCAUAAAAACAAGUCUCCAGAAAGUUUUACUGCUUUGCUGUAAAAAAAAAACACAAAAAAAUUGUAUCUCCUUAUUUUAGUUUUUUUUUCAAAUCAGAAUACAUGACCAGGACGUAUAGAUUGGUCAAGCAAACUUUAAUGACAGUACUACUUGAUCAAGAUUUUUUUUUCUUCAAGACCACUUUUGUGUCAUCAGCCCAUUCAUCAAUCGUUAUGUGUUUUUUGUUUCUAAGUUAAUAGUCCUUUGCUCCAAAUUUGUUUGAUUUAUCACACUGGUACAUCUGUGUAUUAACAGAGCACUGUACAUACUUUGGGGAUAUUAUGCUUCAUGUAUAAAGAUAUCUAUUUGCU